AUGAGCACAAACAACAGCCAGUAUCGUAAACGCGUCGUACGUCGUCAACAUAAUCUUUUCAAAAAUGACACGUAUGACAAAGAUGAUUCAUUGACUUCCCCAAGUAAUCCACAACAACAACGACAUGUCCGGAAGAAACCUGAAGGAUUAAUUUGCAGUAUAUGCGAAGGACCGGCUCACGGCUAUAACUUUGACGCCAUCACAUGUGAAUCAUGCAAAGCUUUUUUUCGACGAAAUGCUUUACGAUCGACAGAUAGAUUUAAAUGUCGAGGUAACGAUGGAAAAUGUGCUAUAACAACGGCAACACGAAAGCGUUGCAAAGCAUGUAGACUAGCGAAAUGUUUUGAAAAAGGAAUGCGAGCGGACUGGAUUUUGACGGACGAAGAACGUGUGAAUAAACGACGAAAAAUUGAAGAAAACCGGCGACUUCGUCGAUUAAUUUACCCUGACACAGCUGACUCCGAUGAAUCUUCAAGCGUUAUGAUCAAAAGUGAAGCAAUGAUCAGCGAAGAUCUUCAUCUAUCUCUUCCCCCAUGUUCAAUAUCUCCAGAAGAUUCAUGUAAAAUUGAACAAAUUAACCAAGCAUACGAAGAAUCAAUUCGUCUUGCCUCUCUACCACCGGAACUACCAGCGUAUCCUUAUACCGCGCGAAUCAAUGCUCCGUGGGAAAUGAUGAAUAUUCCUGUAAAUCUACAAUCGUUGCGUCUAAUCACAUUUUACAAACUGAUUCCCGAAUUUUCCGCGCUGAACGAAAGCGAUAAAUUAGUUUUAAUUAAAUACAACGCAUUUGCACUAGUUUUCGUACGUUCGGCAAUCGUUUACGACCCGAUUACUGAUACUUACCAUGAGCCGGGUGCUGGUGAUUGUAUGUUCGCGGGCAAAGAUAUGAUACAAUGUUUUAGCUUAGAACAAUAUCAUCAAUCAACGCGUUGCGUUCGUCGAUUGAUUGAUGCAACACAAAAGGACCGUGUUAUUGUACAGAUAUUUUUAAUAAUUGCAUUAUUAUCCAAAGGCGCAGCUAUAUUCAUAGAUAUGACAGAAGCCGAACCAAUUGCGAACGACAUCCUUUCGCUAUUCCGUACACAAAAUUACUUUGUCGAUCUGUUGUGGAAAUACUGUGAAAGUACAUAUGGAUUUGAACAAGCCGUUCAAAUGUGGACCAAACUUGUUUUCGCUUCGAUUGACGCACAUUUACAAUCGUUCAAUACAUGCUACAAUUAUGUUCGACACGAUGAAGUUGCAGAACAACUUGUGCCUUUAAUGAAAUCAGUUGCAUUGAAUGUUUGA